AGAUUGUGUCCAGUACUGUAGCUUAUGAGCGAUAGGGAGGAACAACAACCGGACGACCGGAUCUUGCGAUCAGCAAGACACCCAGUUGCUCAUCUGGCAUUAGGACAAGAGGGCGACAGAUACCUGUUCCACCAGCGUAGGGAGAGGCUGCAGCAGCAGCAGAGAGCUCGGGACGCAGAAGCUAGCAGAACUUUUGCAAGUGAGGCCGCUGCUUCAGCAGCCAUGGCUAGCGCUGCACAACAAUCCUCUCAGGCUAGCAGUUCAGGAACUGUAGGGUCAACUGCGGCGCAGACCCAGAGUCAGUCGGCUGGCGUAAUGGCAAGUCAGUCAAAUGUGUUGUCACCCGAGGAGAUUGCCAUACAGCAGGCUGCCCUGCAAGAGGCACAGCUACAGAAGGCUUUAGGGGAGAUAAAGGCGGAGAAAGAGAGAAUGAUUAGAAGAGUAGCCAGCAUGCAGCGAAGAGAAGCGGACGUUAGGCAAUUAGAGGAAAUGGAUCUGACCAAUAUGGUUGCGGAUGUGAGGGUAGUUCGGACGGCCCUGCUAGGAGUCAUAGAGACGCAGGACCAUCAGACCGCCAUCCUCCAAGACAUUCAGCAGAGUCUAGCCUGGCUGGUUGGACGAUUGCAGGCAGCUCCAUUAUCGUCAGGGCCUGGUUCCCGGCCCGUGGCACAUCCUCCUCCUCCUGUCCCACCGGUUACUGGGGUAUCCCCAUAUGUAGCCCCAUCAUCGGUUGCUAUCGUUGCCCUGGGCAUGCUCCUAUCAGGAGGGUUAUCAGCAGGACCUAGUGUUCAGAUUCCUGUACAGUCAGUGUUAUCCCAACCUCCGUCGCAGGUUGCCAUCAGUGGGCAAUCUGUUGUCCCUCAACCUGUGCAGCCGCAUGGGAUGCAGCCCCAGCAGCAACAGGUGCAGCAGCCUGUUCCCCAGAGUCCACAACCAAGUGUGGGACAGAUGCAGGGACAAACACAGUGGGUUCCAAAGACGGCAAUCGCUGCUCCCAAACCCUUUUCAGGGGAUAAGAGGGGCGAAGACCUCGACACGUGGUUGAGGGCGGCGCCGGUCUAUGUUAAGUGUAAGUUGACCUUGCCGCACGAGGAAGUGUUUGUGGCUGCCUCUUAUUUAGAGGGGAGUGCAACAAGAUGGUUGAGUGGGUUAGUGCAACUACAGGGAUAUGGUCAUGACUUCUGCGCUUGGGCAGCCAGCCAAAAGUUGGAUGACUUCCUCAAGCUGGUGGAGGAAAGGUGGCAUGAUCCUCAGGAGGCCCAAAAGGCCACUGCCGCGAUCCUGACUUUGAGCGCUUGUUCGUUUAAGUCAGUUAGGGAGGCCACUGGCGCAGUAGAGCGGCUGAUCUGUGUCCCUGGGGUCCGCUAUGAUCCCCAAGUCUUACUGACAACUUACCUGAGGUGUCUGCCGAUGCCAAUCAGGAAUCAGUUGGCAGUCGAGGCUAACAUCAACGUGCACAACUUUCCAUCGUUCAGCAAGAAGGCCCUAGACUUUGAAGCUAAGAUAGGGCAUGGACACAACCCAUCGACGGACGGUAGGAAAAAGGCACUGCCUCCCAACUGGAAGGCGAAGGGACGCAUCAUGUUCGUCAGCAACGAUGGUUCAACCAUCGAGUUGGACGACGACCCCCAGUUGGGAGCUGGUUCAGAGGCAGGCAGCGUAGAGGCUUCAGAGGGUGGAGUAGUCGCUGCCGUAACGCAACAAAAAGGGGUUGUUGAUAGGGAGGUCGUCCAUGCUAUAGAGAUUAUCCCAGGGUCUAGCAUCCCGAAGGGUAGGAUCUAUAGGAUGUCUCCAGGCGAGCUUGAUGAGCUUUGCUGCCAACUCAAGGAACUCAUAGAGAAGGGUUGGAUCCGACCGAGUGUCUCCCCUUAUGGGUCUCCAGUUCUAUUCGUUCCAAAGAAGGGAGGCACUUUGAGGAUGUGCAUUGAUUAUAGGGGCCUCAAUGCCAUCACAGUGAAGAACAGGGAGCCCCUACCGCGCAUCGAUGAUUUGCUUGAUAGAGUGCAAGGGUGUCGGUACUUCAGUAAAAUAGAUCUGAAGUCCGGGUACCAUCAGAUUGCAAUCCGGCCUGAGGAUCAGCACAAAACUGCUUUUCAGACCAGGUACGGUCUGUACGAGUUUGUGGUGAUGCCAUUUGGCCUGUGCAAUGCUCCUGGCACGUUUCAGCACGCUAUGAAUCGAAUCUUUCGUGACUACUUAGACAAGUUUGUUAUCGUGUACCUCGAUGACAUACUUAUCUUUAGUAGGACUGUCGACGAGCACGUGGCACAUUUAGAUAAAGUCCUCAGUCUCCUUCGUCAACACAAGUUCAAGAUUAACGGUGAGAAGUGCGAAUUUGGCCGCACCCGUAUCUUGUACUUGGGUCAUGAGAUUUCCGCGGAAGGGUUGAAACCCGAUGACGCGAAGGUGGCCAGCAUUCGUGAUUGGCCACGUCCUCAGUCUGUGACUGAGAUAAGAUCUUUCUUAGGGAUGACGGGCUACUAUAGGACUUUCGUUAAGAACUAUAGCAUAGUGGCCGCCCCUUUGACUGAUCUGACCCGCUUUGACACCCCAUGGGAGUGGACAGACAAGUGCGAGGCUGCUUUCAGACAUCUGAAGCAUGCGUUGACGCACUAUGAGGUCUUGAAACUUCCCGAUCCUGACAAGCCAUUUGUGGUUACCACGGAUGCUAGCCAAUAUGGCAUUGGCGCCAUGCUUGCGCAGCAGGAGGGGCCAAAGUUGAGGCUAGUCGAGUACAUGUCCAAGUCUAUGAAGUUGGCAAAGCCCACCUAUAAAAAGGAACUCUAUGCGGUGUACAAGGCUCUGACCCAUUGAAGACACUAUCUCCUUGGGAGGUUCUUCAUCCUCAGGACUGAUCAUCAGACCUUGAGAUGGAUGAGAACACAACCGGUGCUCUCCGACGCUCUAAAGCGUUGGAUCGA